UUGUGGUGUGGAGAGCUCCCGUGUUUUAUCAAGUGGCUCUGACUGCGGCACAAAAGCCACCUUAUUUUUUCUGCACAUAUCUUUACAAAUAAAGUGAUCAUGCCAAGUUAUACAGCACUCGCCACGGGUGUUGUUUUGAAAUGGCAAAUUGUUGUGAUCAGCGUCAUUAUUUGCACUUCAGUUUCAGAAUGUUAUCAGAACGAUUCAGUGACCUCGUUCAUUCGUUAUGUACAAAGCCCCGAAACGGAAACAAGCGGGCAUCCAAAUCACGCCUCCCAAUUUAGUUUCUUCCGGGAUCCCAUUUUUACCGAGUUCACCAAUCGGUCAGCAAAAGCCACGGACGGGUCUGAACACUUUAUGACCGUAGCCGAAUACCAACGAGGGAAGCGGGGAGCCAUUGAAUUGGGUCAGAUGAUGAGAUGUUCCACAGGGUGCGAUCCUCUCUCCUAUAAAGGUUACGGUUGCUAUUGUGGAUUUUUGGGCUCUGGUCGCGCUGUGGAUGGAAUAGACAAGUGUUGCAAGAUGCAUGAUAUGUGUUAUACCACAACCACAUGCAUGGACCUUCAAUAUCACCUUCCGUACUUCGUUCCGUUCAAAUGGAAAUGCAACGGGGGAGCUCCCUAUUGUAUUCCAGGCAAUCGUCGCAACAACGGUCGAGAUUCCUGUUCACAUCAGCUCUGUGAAUGUGACCGCCAAUUUGCUCAGUGUCUCCGCAACUUUCCAUGUCCCAAAGGACAAGCCACAUGUCCGGACGAUGGGGGUCGAUUCCUCCAAAAUAUGCUAAUGAGUGUGGGAUCUGGGCACGCCCCUCAAUACAACACAGUGGAGCGAUCUAGAGGACGGGCUCGAAGGCCACGUGUCUUGAGUAUUUUUGGGAUCAAAAUUGGAAAAUAAGUAUUUAUGCCCAUGAUUAGACGGAGCAACCCAAGGACAAGAGGUGGGCGAGUUCUCGUGAUUGUUCGUUAAUUGCAAAUCAAUUGCUCACUUGGAACACUUAUGAUUACUCGCCACUUGUUUUGAGCACAUAUCUCUUACCUUAAUUUAGGCCGAGGUGAAAAAAACAAAGGUCACAGCUUUCUAUCGGGCAUUAUUUGUAAAAUUGUAAACUAUUUAUUGAAAUAUAAAAAUGAAAGAAAUCGGAUAUAAACCUCCUUGCAAAUUUGUUUCCUUGAAGCUUGUUAAUGCAAAUAACACCGUACACCUUGACCACUAUGUAUGCAAAUGUGACUAAGCCUUACAUUUUCUCGGGUUCCAUUUG